AGUCUGAUUAUUCCCAAAGAGAGAUUUGGGGAAAAGCACAAAAAAAAAAAAGAAAAGGAAAAUACAACGAUUAGAAGCGGGGGAGAGCAGCAUCGAUCUAUCUUGAAUUUCGAAGAAACAAAGGAACAGCGAAAAUUCAAGGAGAAGUGGAGGGUUUCGUUUGACAGACUGGAAAAGUUCGUUGCGGAAUCAGAUCGAACGACAGAUCUUUCUACGUUGGGCAAUGGGACAAGGAAAGAAUUAUGUGUUGGGUAUGGAGUUGAAGAUUGAAGUUUGAUUGACUGGCGUUGGUCCAAGAGAUGAAGGCGGGGAGUGCUGCAAAGCUGAUCGUUGAUGCAUUGCUGCAGCGGUUCCUGCCGCUCGCCAGGCGCCGCAUCGAAACUGCGCAAGCACAGGACGGACAGUAUCUCCGACCGUCAGACCCUGCCUACGAACAAGUAUUGGAUUCCUUAGCUAUGGUGGCAAGACAUACACCUGUUCCUCUUCUGGAAGCUCUUCUUAGGUGGAGGGAAAGUGAGUCCCCAAAGGGUGCAAAUGAUGCAUCUACAUUCCAGAGAAAGCUUGCAGUAGAAUGCAUUUUUUGCUCAGCCUGCAUUCGCUUUGUGGAAUGCUGUCCACAAGAAGGACUAACAGAGAAUCUGUGGGUGGGGCUUGAAAAUUUUGUAUUUGACUGGCUAAUCAAUGCUGACAGGGUUGUUAGCCAGGUUGAAUAUCCCUCAUUGGUUGAUUUGCGGGGAUUGCUUCUGGACUUAGUUGCACAACUCUUAGGUGCUUUGUCUCGAAUCAGGUUUAGUCCUGUUACUGAACGCUUUUUCAUGGAACUGAAUACUCGUCGAAUAGAUAGUAGUGGUGCCCGAAGUGAAACACUUAGUAUCAUUAAUGGAAUGCGCUACCUGAAGCUUGGGGUUAAAACAGAGGGUGGACUGAAUGCAUCAGCCUCCUUUGUUGCAAAAGCUAAUCCUCUUAAUCGUGCUCCUCAUAAAAGAAAAAGUGAACUUCAUCAUGCCCUAUGCAAUAUGCUUUCGUACAUUCUAGCACCACUUGCUGACAGUGGAAAGGGCCAAUGGCCUCCUUCUGGUGUAGAACCUGCACUUACUUUUUGGUAUGAAGCCCUUGCACGAAUACGAGGACAGCUCAUGAAUUGGAUGGACAAACAGAGCAAACACAUUUCUGUUGGUUAUCCUUUGGUGACUCUUCUUCUCUGUCUUGGCGAUCCUAAUGUGUUCCUCAAUAACUUUGGUCCUCAUAUGGAGCAACUUUACAAGUUCCUUAGAGACAAGAACCACCGCUUCAUGGCCUUGGACUGUCUUCAUAGGGUUUUGAGGUUUUAUUUGACUGUUCAUGGGGAUUCCCAGCCACCAAACCGAGUGUGGGACUACCUAGACAGUGUGACUUCACAACUUCUAACUAUUCUUAGGAAGGGAAUGCUUACUCAGGAUGUUCAACAUGAUAAACUUAUUGAAUUUUGUGUUACUAUAGCUGAACAUAAUCUUGAUUUUGCCAUGAACCAUAUGAUAUUGGAAUUGCUGAGACAAGAUAGUCCAAGUGAAGCAAAGGUUAUUGGUCUUCGAGGCUUACUUGACAUUGUUAUGUCACCUUCAAGCCCAAAAGUUGGUGAAAUUCUUCGUGGUCGUGAUAUUGGCCACUAUAUGCCAAAAGUAAAGUCUGCAAUUGAGUUGAUCCUGAGGUCUUGUCACAGAAUCUAUAGUCUAGCUCUUCUUACUUCUUCGAGGACGACAAUAGAUGCUGUUACCAAGGAAAAGUCACAAGGAUAUCUGUUCCGGUCAGUGCUGAAGUGCAUACCAUAUCUGAUUGAAGAAGUUGGCCGUAGUGAUAAAAUUACUGAAAUAAUACCUCAACAUGGCAUAAGUAUUGAUCCUGGUGUUCGUGAGGAAGCAGUUCAGGUACUGAACCGGAUAGUGAGAUACCUUCCACAUCGCCGUUUUGCAGUUAUGAGAGGGAUGGCCAACUUCAUCAUGCGGCUUCCUGAUGAGUUCCCUCUUCUUAUCCAAACAUCAUUGGGACGCCUGUUAGAACUCCUGCGUUUUUGGAGAGCUUGUCUAUCUGAAGAUAGGGUAGAAUAUGAUGCCCAAGAGGCGAAACGUGUGCUCAGGAGUGAUGGAUUCAAGAAGUCUUCUUUCCAUCAAUCUGGGGAAAUUGAGUUUCGUGCUUCAGAGAUAGAUGCAGUUGGUCUUAUAUUCCUUAGUUCUGUUGAUAGUCAGAUUCGGCAUACAGCAUUGGAGUUACUGCGUUGUGUCCGUGCUCUACGAAAUGAUAUAAGAGAGCUUUCAGUACAUGACCGAUCAGACCAUAUCUUGAAGGAUGAAGCUGAACCAAUAUUUAUUAUUGAUGUUUUAGAAGAGAAUGGGGAUGACAUUGUUCAGAGCUGCUACUGGGAUUCUGGGCGUCCAUUUGAUUCUAGAAGAGAAUUUGAGGCCGUACCUCCAGAUGUCACACUUCAAUCCAUAUUAUUUGAGAGCCCAGAUAAGAACAGAUGGGCUCGAUGUCUUGGUGAACUAGUCAAAUAUGCUGCUGACCUUUGCCCAAACUCUGUUCAAGAAGCCAAGUUAGAGGUCAUUCAGCGGCUUGCUCACAUAACACCUGUGGAGUUGGGUGGAAAGGCUAAUCAGUCGCAGGAUGCAGAUAAUAAAUUAGAUCAGUGGCUUAUGUAUGCAAUGUUUGCAUGCUCAUGUCCACCAGAUAGUAGGGAUACUGGUGGCUUAUCAGCAACCAAAGAUCUCUUCCAUCUUAUUUUCCCCUCAAUAAAAUCCGGGUCUGAAGCUCACAUACAUGCAGCCACUAUGGCUCUUGGCCACUCACAUCUUCAGGUAUGCGAAAUCAUGUUCAGUGAGCUUGCAACUUUCAUCGACGAGGUUUCUCUAGAAGCUGAGGGAAAGCCAAAGUGGAAGGGUCAAAAGGCUCGUCGUGAUGAACUCCGGGUCCACAUUGCUAAUAUAUACCGCACUGUUUCUGAGAAUAUCUGGCCAGGCAUGCUAGGGCGCAAGCCAGUUUUCCGGCUUCACUAUUUGAAAUUCAUUGAAGAAACAUCCAGACAAAUCUCAACUGCACCUGCUGAGAGCUUUCAAGAAAUACAACCUCUCCGUUAUGCACUUGCUUCUGUUCUAAGAUCAUUAGCCCCUGAAUUUGUUGAGUCAAAAUCAGAGAAAUUUGACCCUAGAACUAGAAAAAGACUGUUUGACCUUCUUCUCUCUUGGUGCGAUGACACGGGAAGUGCACGGAGUCAGGAUGGUUUUAAUGAUUAUCGACGUGAAGUUGAACGUUACAAGUCUACACAGCAUGCUCGUUCAAAAGAUUCUAUAGAUAAACUUACGUUUGAUAAAGAGAUGAAUGAGCAAAUUGAGGCAAUCCAGUGGGCCUCCAUGAAUGCUAUGGCUUCUCUAUUGUAUGGUCCUUGUUUUGAUGACAAUGCAAGAAAAAUGAGUGGGCGAGUAAUAUUGUGGAUUAAUAAUUUGUUCACUGAACCUGCACCUAGGGCACCUUUUGGUCAUUCACCGGCAGAUCCAAGAACGCCAUCAUACUCCAAGUACACAGGGGAUGGUGGGCGGGGAGCUACUGGACGUGAUAGGCAAAGGGGUGGUCAUCUUCGUAUCUCCCUUGCAAAAAUGGCCUUAAAGAAUCUCCUCCUUACAAAUUUGGACCUGUUUCCUUCUUGCAUUGAUCAGUGCUACUACUCUGAGGCUGCCAUAGCUGAUGGCUACUUCAGUGUACUUGCUGAAGUCUACAUGCGCCAAGAGAUUCCAAAAUGUGAAAUUCAGAGAUUGUUGAGCCUUAUCCUCUACAAGGUGGUGGACCCAUCUAGACAAAUACGUGAUGAUGCUCUUCAAAUGCUUGAGACACUUUCUGUCCGUGAAUGGGCUGAGGAUGGUGCUGAAGGCUCGGGAAGUUAUCGAGCUGCUGUUGUUGGCAACCUCCCUGAUUCCUACCAACAAUUCCAGUACAAACUCUCUUGCAAGCUUGCCAAAGAUCACCCAGAGCUGAGUCAACUCCUUUGUGAGGAGAUCAUGCAGAGGCAACUUGAUGCUGUUGAUAUAAUUGCACAGCACCAGGUUUUAACAUGCAUGGCGCCUUGGAUUGAGAACCUCAAUUUCUGGAAACUCAAGGACUCUGGUUGGAGUGAAAGACUAUUGAAAAGCCUUUAUUAUGUAACAUGGCGACAUGGUGACCAAUUCCCUGAUGAAAUUGAGAAGCUUUGGAGCACAAUUGCUAGUAAGCCUAGGAAUAUUAGUCCAAUUCUGGAUUUCUUGAUCACCAAAGGAAUUGAAGAUUGUGAUUCAAAUGCAUCUGCUGAAAUUAGCGGUGCAUUUGCUACUUACUUCUCAGUUGCCAAACGGGUGAGUUUAUAUUUAGCUCGAAUUUGUCCACAACGUACAAUUGAUCACCUGGUUUACCAAUUAGCUCAGCAGAUGCUUGAGGAUAGUGUGGAACCUCUCAGGCCCAGUGCAAACAAAGCUGAUGCCAGUGAAAAUUUCGUGUUGGAAUUCUCUCAGGGGCCUUCAGUGGCCCAAAUUGCAUCUGUUAUGGACAGCCAGCCUCACAUGUCUCCCUUACUUGUGAGGGGGUCUCUUGAUGGUCCUCUCAGGAAUACUAGUGGGAGCUUGAGCUGGAGAACAGCAGCAGUUGGAGGCCGAAGUGCCUCAGGUCCAUUGAGUCCUAUGCCUCCUGAGUUGAACAUUGUACCUGUGAGUGCUGGUCGGUCAGGUCAACUCCUACCAGGUUUGGUGAAUAUGUCAGGCCCGUUAAUGGGUGUACGAAGUUCAACAGGGAGCUUGCGGAGUCGCCAUGUUUCUCGUGACAGUGGUGACUACCUCAUUGACACCCCAAACUCUGGCGAAGAUGGGUUGCAUUCCGGGGUAGGAACACAUGGCGUUAAUGCUAAAGAACUUCAAUCAGCCUUACAAGGACAUCAACAACACUCACUGACUCAUGCAGACAUAGCAUUGAUUCUGCUUGCGGAAAUUGCAUAUGAAAAUGAUGAGGAUUUUCGGGAGCACCUGCCUUUGCUGUUUCAUGUCACAUUUGUCUUGAUGGACAGCUCUGAGGAUAUUGUGCUGGAGCACUGCCAACACUUGCUUGUUAAUCUGUUAUAUUCACUUGCAGGCCGGCACCUGGAGCUGUAUGAGGUUGAGAAUAGUGAUGGCGAGAAUAAGCAACAGGUUGUGAGUCUAAUAAAGUAUGUACAGUCCAAGCGAGGGAGUAUCAUGUGGGAGAACGAGGACCCCACAGUUGUUAGACCUGAACUCCCAAGUGCUGCACUCUUGUCUGCCCUUGUUCAGAGCAUGGUGGAUGCCAUCUUUUUCCAGGGAGAUCUUCGGGAGACUUGGGGAGCUGAGGCACUCAAAUGGGCCAUGGAAUGCACAUCAAGACACCUUGCCUGCCGCUCACACCAGAUUUACCGUGCCCUAAGGCCACAUGUUACAAGCGAUGCAUGCGUAUCGCUUCUCCGCUGCCUCCACAGGUGCCUAGGAAAUCCGGUACCUGCAGUUUUGGGUUUUAUCAUGGAAAUUCUUUUGACAUUGCAAGUGAUGGUGGAAAAUAUGGAGCCAGAGAAAGUAAUACUCUAUCCCCAGCUUUUCUGGGGGUGUGUGGCAAUGAUGCACACUGAUUUUGUCCAUGUUUACUGCCAGGUACUUGAGCUCUUCUCUCGGGUGAUUGACCGUCUGUCAUUCCGGGACAGAACUACCGAAAACGUGCUCCUCUCUAGUAUGCCCCGAGAUGAACUCGAUAUCUCUGACAGUGCGGAGUUUAAUAGGAUGGAUUCAAGGAAUGUCUGUGAGCCAUCAGCACCUAGUGGGAAGGUGCCAACAUUUGAAGGAGUGCAGCCCCUUGUGCUUAAAGGACUCAUGUCAACUGUUAGCCACAGUGUCUCCAUUGAGGUGCUCUCACGAAUCACUGUUCACUCUUGUGAUUCAAUAUUUGGGGAUGCAGAGGCACGACUAUUGAUGCACAUCACAGGCUUACUUCCCUGGCUUUGCUUGCAGCUUAGCCAUGAUGCAAUGGUGGGGCCUGCCUCACCGCUCCAACAGCAGUACCAAAAAGCUUGCUCUGUUGCAGCCAACCUUGCAAUUUGGUGUCGGGCAAAGUCACUGGAUGAGCUAGCCACAGUUUUUAUGGCAUACUCUCAUGGUGAAAUCAAGAGUAUCGGCAACCUUCUUGCUUGUGUCUCACCUUUGUUAUGCAAUGAGUGGUUCCCAAAGCACUCUGCUCUGGCUUUUGGUCACCUGCUACGACUUCUGGAGAAAGGACCAGUUGAAUAUCAGCGUGUGAUACUUCUCAUGCUCAAGGCAUUGCUCCAGCACACACCCAUGGAUGCCGCUCAGAGCCCACAUAUGUAUGCAAUUGUGUCUCAGCUUGUUGAGAGCACUCUGUGCUGGGAGGCACUUAGUGUGUUGGAAGCCCUUUUGCAGAGCUGUAGCUCCUUGCCUGGGUCUCACCCCCUUGACCCUGGUUCUUUUGAGAAUGGCCUCGUUGGGACAGAUGAGAAGCUACUUGCUCCUCAGACCUCUUUCAAGGCUAGGAGUGGACCCUUACAGUUUGCAAUUGGAUCAGGGUUUGGAGCACAUAAUACACAGGGCGGUGCAACUGAAUCUGGGAUUUCUGCUAGAGAACUAGCUUUGCAGAACACCCGGCUAAUCCUUGGCCGAAUUCUUGAUAGUUGUGGACUUGGGAGGAGGAGGGAUUACCGGAGGUUGGUCCCUUUUGUGACCACAAUUGGAAACCCAUAGAGGUGCCUUUUUUUUCUUCUUGCAUAUCUAUCUGUCUAUUUUGCACCAAGCUUCAAAAGAUUUGAGAGGCUGGAAUGUAAAUAGCCAUCAUAGCCUAGUGGUUGUCUUUUAGGGUAUUGUAUAUUAAUUUAAGUGUAGCACUUAGUAGUUGGGACAUUAUGCACCCCCCCCCCCCCCCCGGCCUCCCCAACACACACACAGACUUCACUAGAAGAUGGUCAAUAGUUCAUAGAAGUUGAGUUAUUUUCACUUCCUUAAUUGCUUUGAUGUUCUAGGAAUGACCUUUGGGAUGGGAGGCAUAUAUGUCCAAAAAUCAUUCCAGCUGAAACAAAUCAUGUUUUGCUCGUACUGAAGAAAAUGCCCCUGCUGCUGCUAGUAAAUUAUCGGAAACGGAAACUUGUAAGAUUUCACGCUUACUGGAUGAUUCAGUUAAGCAACGUAACCUUCUUCUGUAUAACAAGCAUGGCUUUUUUCUUCUCCUUUUUCCCCCUAUUUUUUGGUCAGGUAUUCCUGUUAUCUCUGUACAA